UAUUCAAUUUACUAUAUGUACAUAUAUUCUUCGAGCAACAAGAAGAAUGCACCCUCAAUAUUUUUCCUGUAUGAAUGUCAAAAUAACGGUAAUUACACGAGAAACAGCAUGUACGAAAGAAACCUCAAAACUCUCCUCUCCUCCGUCUUGCCUAAUAUCAAUGCCAAUGCAUUCUACAACGCCUCCAUGGGAGAAAAUUCAGAUAGAGUCAAUCUCAUUGCGCUCUGUAGAGCAGAUCUUCAGCCUUCUCAGUGUCGUGAAUAUGUCAAAAAUGCUACGGCAGAAAUUUUAAAGAUGUGUCCGAAUCAAAAACAGGCAAUCUUAUGGCACGAAUUUUGUAUGGUACGAUACUCCAACGAGGCUAUCUUUGGAACUCUUGCAAUUUCCCCAAUGAGUUGGGGUCAUAGUGGGGAAACUGUCACAAAUACAGUCGUUUUUUACCGGGAGUUGAACGUACUGUUGGACAGCCUUCAAGACCAUGCCGCUUUUAAUAGCUUCCCGAAGAAGUUUGCUGCUGCCCGUCGGGAUGUGGAUGAUCCGAAACAUCCUUUUAUUUAUGCAUUUGAGCAGUGCACACCUGAUAUAACCUCGGAGGAAUGUGGUGAUUGCUUAAACAAAUCUGCCCAAUAUAUUCGAGAAAUAUAUAUAGGAAUAGUCUCCUAG